CGAGGUUCAUGGAGGUGAGCUCGUGUGUGUUUCUUAUCCAUUUUCGCAAGGGUUUUGGUCUUUGUAUUGUGAGCGUGUCGAGAGUAUGUGAAGAGAGGUGGGUGGAAUCGCUGCGUUGGUGUAAUGUGGAGGUGUUAGCGGCAUUCUUCGUGUCGGUACCGGUGUGCGUAUGCGAGAGCGGGAAUUGGAGGAAGGGCGAGGAUUUUUGGGUACUUCUGAGAGUUUGAGUGAGCCUCGAGAAAUUGAGAGAUGAGAUGAGAUGAGUCUUCCGGUGAAGCGGCAGCAUGAGGAGACGGCGUCGGUAGUCGGGAAGGCGCUGGAGGGCAGUGGCACUGGAACUGGCAAGCAAAAUUAUGCGGGAGUGGGGAGCGGAAUGGUGAUGGAGCCUGCGUCUGCAUUUGGAGGAGAGUUGCGUCCCGCUAAAGUGGCGCGCCAUGGUGAUCGGGGAGUGGACCCGGCAGAGAAGGUUGAGUUUUUCAACAGUUCACAUGCGAAUUUCAAACCUGGAAGAGAUGGAGGUGGCUCUGGGUCGAUUGAGGGAACUGUCGUAGAGGGGAACAGUAUCAAGGAAGGGCAAGUCCAGACACUGAGGAUUAAGUUCUCGGGUGGGAGUGCUGAGGGAAAGAGUGAUCGGGAGGGUCGGGAUCCAGGGCGGCUGGAUUUAGAGAGGAAGACGAGUGGUGGGAAGGAUUACGGAGAUGUGCUGAAGGAGAGCAGCGGCAACAAGGAGCUUCUUGGUAGGGUUAACGUAAAGAGCGAGGAGCAGCUGCUGCAAUCGGGAGGGAGUGGUCGGGAAGUAGGGCAAGAAUUAGUUGAUAACGCCCGCGGGGAAGGAAAUUCUGAGGGCUUGAGAAAGAAGAGCCCUCGCGAGGGUGAGGGUAAAGUAGCCGUGAAGGAUGUGCCAACUGAUGUGAAGAGGGAGGAGCCGCAUGAGAAGGAGAAGGAGAAGAAGGAUGAGAAGCGUAGUGAGCGUGAAGAAGAUGCGCUGCCGUCACUGCAGCAACAACAGCAGCAGCAGCUGCUGCCCCAAUCGCAUCUGGAUGUUACUAAUGAGAAAGACAAUGAGAGGGAUGAGAAAGAGAGGGACAAGGGAGAUAAGGAGAAAGAGAGGAUGUGGGAACGGGAGGGGUCACGCGAUAAGGAAAGAGAGGAUGCACGUUCGGAGAAACGAGAGAAGAGGGAGAAAGAGCGUGAUCGGGAUUUUCAUCGGCGAGAGCGUGAAGAGCGAGAUGAUAAUCUUGUGAACAAAGGAGAGAAAGAUGAUGGGAAACCUGUUAAGGUUGAAGACAUAGAUACAGAUAGGAAGCUUACGCGUGAGGUUGACGAACGAAAAUUGGUCGAGAAGGAAGCUCGCGAGCGUGUUAGGGAAAGAGACAGAGACAAGGAGAGAGAUGAGGAUGGGGAAAAAGAGAAGCGCAAGAAACGGAGUCGCGAGCAAGAGAAAAAUCGUGAUUCCUUGGGUACAAUGGACACUGAAGUCGCAGGGGGGGAGAAGGAAAAGGAUGCCGCUCAUGGUCAUGGAGUGCAGCAGCGCAAGAGGAUGUUGCGUCCUAGAGGCCAGUCAAACCCAGCAAACCGAGACCCUCGGUCUCGGUUUCGGCCCAAAGAUAUUGAAGGGGCUCAAGGCAGGGCAGAAAGUUCAUUCAUUAAUUACAGAGUUGGGGAAGGAAUGCCGGAACUUGCAAAACUUCGGAAGGAGUACGAUUCUGGGGAACGAAAUAGCUCAGAUAAUGGGUGGGGCCCUGCCGUUGAAAUUCGUAUCCCUGCUGAGCACGCUACUACGAAUAACCGUCAGGUCAGAGGGAGCCAGUUAUGGGGAACAGACAUAUAUACAGACGACUCUGACAUAGUUGCAGUCUUGCUACAUACAGGAUACUACUCACCUUCACCCACUCCGCCACCAGAUUCAAUAUCAGAGCUGCGGGCCACCAUUCGGAUUCUUGAAUCCCAAAAUAUGUACACUUCUACAUUACGAAAUAGUAUUCGAUCACGUGCGUGGGGAGGCGGAAGUGGAUGCAGCUACAACGUUGAAAGGUGCCGCAUAGUGAAGCAAGGAGGGGGUACUGUAGAGCUGGAGCCAUCUUUGACUCGCACUCCCCCAUUUGUUCCGACACUGGCUCCUGCAGCAUCAGAGCGAACCGUUACUACGAGAGCUGCCUCUUCUAGUCCAUAUCGGCAACAAAGAUUUAUGCAAGAAGUGACUAUACAAUACAACUUAUGCAAUGAACCCUGGGCUAAAUACAGCAUGAGCAUUGUGGCCGACCGUGGACUAAAGAAAUCUCAAUACACUUCUGCUCGACUCAAAAAAGGGGAAGUGCUCUAUGUAGAGACCCAGGUUCAUCGGUAUGAACUGGCAUAUGAUGGAGAGCGUACAACGUGCAAUGGCGCAACCACUGCCACCUCUUCUUUCCCUCCAGGGACUUCUGGAAUGGAAAAGGGCAAAGAGAAAUGGGGUUCGACAGAUAGAACUUUGGCAGUUGGCGACAAAGAACCAAUUUUGCAAACCCACAAUGGAGAAAAAUCACAUGGAAAUCAUCCAAGCAAUGGGUUAACAGGUGGCCAUCAUGGUCACUCUAGUAGUGAGCCACAUGAAUACUACAGAUGGUCCAAGUGUAAACGGCCUCUGUCGCUAUCGUCUAUGAAAAAGAAAGGUGUACCCUUGUCAGAAGAAUUUAUUGAGGUUUUGGAAGAAGGUUUGGCUUGGGAGGAGAUUCAGUGGUCCCCAACGGGUGUGUGGGUUCGGGGAACAGUGUACAUCCUUAGUAGAGCCCAAUUUUUUUCUUCCGAUAAGGAUGAUAUGGAAGAAUAGGGGUUGUUACGUUUAUUUUAAGAGCACAUCUGCCACUUGGUUUUCGACUCUCUGCCCGGUGAUGGCAUGGUGAACACACCUUGUUGACAUUCAGAUCUAAAAAUUGGUUACAUUUUACUUUGAAACUUCCAGAUUGCGUGCUCCAGUGAGGUGUCACAAACAAGCAAGCACACAAUUUCCUCUGUAUUCCCAUAUCAUAAACAGUUAUCACGUAUCCCUGAA